UUCUUCAUCACUCGGCGCCUAUCCUCCGUCGGAUUCUUCCUGCUCACGGUCGUCUUGUCGCCAUCGUCUCGGCGUCAUUGUCUCGAAGGUAUGAUCUUAUCAAGUGCAUCAAUGCUGGUCCAGCGCAUAAGGUGUGGAAACUCAAAGUACGUGUCAUUAGACUUUGGACCGUUUCUCAAUUUGCAAGAUCUGGGAUGAAGGCACCUAUUGAGAUGGUUGUCCUUGAUGAAGAGGGAGAUACAAUUCAAUGCACUGUAAAAGACAUAUUUGUUCCUAUCUUCGAGGGCUUACUCGCUGAGGGCAACGUGUACGUGGUCACUAAUUUUGGAGUUGCUUUGAAUACCAUCAAGUUCCAGCCUACUAGACACGAAUUUAGGAUCCAUUUCAAGAGGGACACGAUUGUGCGUCCGGUACAGGAUUCUUCAGUUCCAUUGAACGGAUUCAAUUUUGUUCCGUUCAAAACAAUUCAAUCAGAGUCUAAAGAAGAUGGUUAUUUAGUUGAUGUGAUAGGUCAGCUUACUUCUAAGGGGGUCAUGGGUGUAUCCAACACAAACUACAAUUCGAAACUGUUUAUCAAUGUUGAGUUUCCAGCUGCCAGGAAUUUCUUUACGAGGGUGAACAAAUUGGAUCCUGUUGACGGACAAGGCAUAAUGCCGCUGGUCUGUGAUCAACCUGUUUCAGAUGAGGAAGAUUUUUUGCGUCUAUCAAUCUACAAAACAAUUGCAGAGAUAAAGGAGCAUAAUCAGGAUGCUGUAUUUGUUACAGCCGGGACGAUUAAAGAAGUUGAGACUGAAUUUGGUUGGUGGUACAAAGGAUGUAAGAAGUGUCGUCGUGGCUUGAGGGAACAUGAGAAAAGAUAUUUCUGUCCCAAUUGCAUUAGAGACUACGGGUUCUAUGAGCCAAGGGAAAUUAUGGGAUACUCUUCUCAUCAUCCUUUUUUGGUUGACGUUGCUGGAGUUAUGGCCGGCGUAGAGAGUGAGAGGAAAUAUGUGAACGAUGGCAAACUUAUUAACAUGAUGGUCAUUCAUAUUGAGAAUGACGGUUUAAAGCUUAAUAUUGUUGUUCUUGGAGAGAUGGUGGACCAGAUCAAGAAUUUUCUGGCAUCGGGUGAUCAACAACUGCCAAUAGUUAUUUUUCAAUUUGCAAGAGUAAAAAAUACUGGAGGUACCAAUAUUGUGCAGAAUAUUAUGUAUGGUACUAGACUCUUGAUAAAUCCAGAUAUUCCUGAGGCUUUGAUGCUUCGAAAAAGAGAGAUCUCGCAGUACCUGUCUGUGGUUUCUGGAAAACCAGCAUAUCUUGAUGAAGAUGAAGUUUUAUAUUCCACUGGGAGGAAGACAAUAAAGGAGUUACGUGCUGUUGCGGAUGUUGGAUUCUAUGUUGUUCGGGCCACUGUUCUUGAUGUUGAACCCGUUCCAAGUUGGUGGUAUAAAUCAUGUGUUUGCAGCGUGAAGGCAGAAGCUAAUACGGAUGAAUACUUCUGCGAUGGCUGUAAUAGGGACGUGAAUAAUGUGGUUGACAGGUAUAAGUUGAAUUUGUUGGUUUUUGAUGGUACUGGUACAACGAACUUUGUUGUGUUCGAUAAGGAGGUCGCAGCACUAUUCGGACGAACCUGUACUGAGAUGGUGAAAGAGUUGAAUGAAAAAGGGAAAGCAAGCAAAGAUCCUACUGGUUUUAAUGAGUUUUUCUUUGAUAAGGAGUUUCUAUUCAAGGUAGAAUUAGAAACUACUGGAUGGUGCGAUUCUUAUGAUGUAUCGGUAAUACGUUCUGAUUCUACCAAUUUACCGAGGUGGAGGGACACUCAAGGCCCGGUAAAAUCUGGUGUACCCCUUGCUGAUCCUAUUAACCCUGUGCAUCCUCGAGGUGAAGAUGGAUGUUCUGUUUGUGAUGAGUCACCUGAUCCAAUCGUAGAAAAUUUGCCUGUUACUAAAAGACCUGUUGUGAGGCGUCUGUUGGAUGAGUUCAACAUGUCUGGUGCUCCUUCCAUUAAAAAGUAGUUGCUGUGAAACAUGAGGUUUUUCAUGUAAUGAAGAUAAAGGAUCAUGUUUUAAAGGUUUGGUGGAGUCUUGGCUAUGACUAUUGUUUAUUGAGAGAACAGAUACUAUUCAAAUUUUAAAAUAUUUUAAAUUAAAUAAUUGUUGUUUUGUUUUAUUUAAUUAUCUAUGUUUUUUUGGACAUGCUAAUGACACUGAAAGUACUUUCUUUUUAUUUUGAUACAAGUCGAACAUGACUCUAAUAUGUAAGUAGAUAAUUAUGGGUAUUG